CGUGCUAAUUUGUCGAUUGAAAUAAAACCGGUUGGUUCGCAAGAAUUGGUUUUAAUAAAACCGGUUGGUUCGCAAGAAUUGGUUUUAAUAAAACCGGUUUUUGCGAAACAACCGGAUUUAUUAAAACCAAUUCUUGCGAAACAAUCGAAUUUAUUAAAACCGAUUCUUGCGAACCAACCGGAUUUAUUAAAACCGAUUUUUGCGAAUCAACCGGAUUUAUUAAAACCGAUUUUUGCGAAUCAACCGGAUUUAUUAAAAUCGAUUAUCGAAUUUGAAAAAUCAAAAUUCG